AUGGCAUCAAAUACAAGCUCUCUCUUCGGAGGGGGUGGUCUUGGAAGCACACCAACCCCUCAGCAGUCGAGCCUUUUCGGGUCGAACACCGGUUCGAGUGCAUUUGGGUCCGCCGCCCCUUCAGCUGGAGCUGCGCAGGGGGGGCAGACCUCUUCGCUAUUUGGCCAACCCCAGAGUCAGCAGCAACAGCCGGCCCAGACACCUUCACUGUUUGGCCAACCCCAGAGUCAGCAACAACCCGCCCAGUCCUCUAUACUAGGACAGACUCAGCAAUCAACCAACGCCGCUCAAGCACAAGGGGGAGCCUCCGCCCAAGCAACACAGCCUGCUUUCUUCAACAGUCUGCUGGAGCGUGGUAAAAAGCGCCCACUAUCUUCAACUGCACAAAAUGGAAACUUUGAAGAUAUCCCCAGUCUUCAACUCGGCCUGGAUGAUAUUCGGAGGAAGGCAAGGGAGUUGGGUACAUCUGGAAACAAGGACGCCCAGCAAACCACGAGCAAAGCCCACUAUUUACUUGCCUCUUCUGGGAUCGCUCCUAGUCGCACUUUGCGUGACCUUAGAUCUCUAGACCCGCAAGCAUCCGUCGCUGCGACUAGAGAAGUGGACAAUUUCGACCCCGAUAAUCAACGCUUCCUGCGAAAUAUCCAACAGCGUGGUCGGCAGGCCAUGAUCGUGGAGAGCCUCUCUCGCGCCCAGAGAGACUUCGAUUCAUUCUUGGAAGAAAAGGUCGACAUGGACUGGGAGGAUCAACGCCGGAGAAUCUUUGAUCACUUUGGACUUUCUCAAAAGGAUGCUGCCAAUGCUGGUGGUCAACUGAAAUCCACCACGACAGGAGCCUUUGGCCGAUCGGGAAGACAAUCCAAGCAAGCAGGCCUGAACCCUGGCGCCGCUGCAUCUCGCAGGAGCGUCUUUGGGCGUUCCGGUCUCGAUAGAUCUGUUAUUGGGACCCCCGGAGCGGGCCUGGCGAGUCGCCAACUUUUCGAAGACCCUGCGGAGCGCAGCGAGGGACUGGCUGCACCUUCAGCAAAUUUGAGAUUCUCACGUGAGAAGAUGAGCAACUAUGCUGCGAAGGUUCAGCAUCUGAACAAUGUUCGACUUCAAGAUCAAACUUACCCAGUUCUCCAUCAGUUCUCGGAGGUAGAAUUGCAAUCCGGCGGCGAUAUUCCCCACCAAAUCUUUGACGCCUAUCAAGCUCUGAUCAAUAUUGUUGUCGAGAAGCCAAACAUUUCUGGCGCCGAGGAUCCCCUGGCUGUGAAAGAGCGUCAUUACGCCGACUCCUAUCUGGAAGAGUCCACAAAGUCCCGCACGGCAAUUAAACUCAAGCAACGAAUCAUUGAGGGAUCAAGAACCUACCUGGAACACAUGUUUUACAGCCAGGUGGAAGCUGACAUUGCCAAGAACCCUCGCGAAGCGCAGGUUGGUGGUAUUCCCAGUGUGAUCAAUAAGAUCCGUGCGUAUAUUCGCCUUCGUGCGGCCAGGAAAGAUCUGGCACCAGAUGGAACGGAGCUGCAGAUGAUUGGACCGGAUUAUUGCUGGAUUCUCAUCUUCUACCUUCUUCGAUCCGGCCAUAUCGACGAUGCGGUCCUGUACGCGACGAGCGACGGGGGAUUCAAGUCAAUGGAUCACAAGUUUGUGACUUAUAUUGCUACCUGGGCGAAGGAAAGGCGACUGCCCCGGGAUCUGCAGCAGAAGAUCAACGGCGAGUAUCAACAGCGUGUGCGAAACGCCCCCGAGGGUACUGUUGACCCGUUCCGAAUGGCCUGCUACAAGAUCAUUGGACGAUGUGAUCUUAGAGAACGACGUCUGGAUGGUGUCAAUCAGAGUGUCGAGGAUUGGAUGUGGCUGCAAUUUUGCCUCGCGCGAGAGGAUGACCGCGCUGAGGAGGCAGCCGGCGACAUCUUUGGCCUCGAGGAUAUUCAAACUGAUAUCACAGAGAUCGGUCAAAGGGUGUUCACCAAAGGACAGGACGGGCCCGGCGGUUACGGAACAUUCUUCCUCCUUCAGAUUCUGGGAGGCAUGUUCGAGCAGGCUGUGGCGUACCUAGGUACCUAUAAUUCCGUUGCGGCUGUUCACUUUGCUAUUGCACUGGCAUACUACGGUCUCUUGCGUGUGUCAGACUUCUACGUUUCCGGGGAUGAAAUCCUUUCUUUCACAGUGAAGCAGUUCCCGCAAAUAAACUUCGGUUACCUCAUCACCCAAUACACGCGGGAAUUCCGAACCGGAGACGUCGAGGCUGCAAUUGACUACUUCACAUUGAUCUGUCUUAAUGCAGACCUUCCGGGGGCGUUGGGCAAAUCCCAGUCGUCCGUAUGCCACGAGGCAUUGCGCGAGUUCAUUCUCGAGACCAGAGAUUUCGCCAAAUUGCUCGGCGACAUUCGUUCCGACGGAUAUAGAAUCAAGGGUGUGAUCGAGCAACGCCUUUCCCUGAUCAACCUCACAAACCAGCAAGACUUCUUGAAGAACAUCACUGUCCAGGCUGCUGCGGUGGCAGAUGACAAGGGAUUGGUGACCGAUUCCGUCCUUCUCUACCAUCUGGCAGAGAACUACGACCGAGUGAUUGAAAUCAUUAACCGGGCACUGUCAGAUGCCAUUGCUGUUGAAUUAGGCGGCGCCGUCUCCAAGCUUCAACCUCUUCGGCCCAGAGCUGAACAAGGCCAGCAAGACGAGCCUGGCAGUAGUCUCAGCCUAACUACCGUUGACGACCCCGUCGCUCUCGGCAAAAACAUGAUGAGUCUGUAUGAAUCUCAGCCCAUGUAUUACGAAAAUAUCCGACCGAUUCACAAAGACUCUUGUAUCCUACUGAUCCGGAUGAUGGAAGCCAAGAUCGAGGUUGAGGCCGGCAGAUGGCCGGAAGCACUCGACGCCAUCGACCGUCUGGGCGUUCUCCCACUUCGCGCCAACGGCUCAAUGUCCCACAUUCGCAGCGCCGCUCAAGCAUUCUCCUCCUUCCCGGAGAUCAUUUCACGCAACAUCGGUCCCGUCAUCAUGUGGAGUAUCGCGUGCAUUGGCUACGAGCGUCAUAAGCAGACUUCGGGGCCUUAUGACACUGCCACUCACCAGGGCUUUGCGGAACAAUUGCUCGGUAUGGCUAAGGAUCUCAUGGUCUUUUCUGGAAUGGUCAAGUACAAAUUGCCUCCUAGGGUUUAUGAGGCUUUGGCUCGGGCUGGUGCCGAUAUUGGUGCGUACUAG